AUGGAAGAAUCAUAUUCAACCGAAGGAAAGUACGGCCUUCGGGGGCUCUCUGAGCCUCCAGGUGCAAACGUCGACAUUGUCUUUGUCCAUGGCCUAACGGGUAAUCGAGAGACAACCUGGACUGACACGCCGACGAAAAUCUUCUGGCCAGAGCAGCUUUUACCAACAGACCUUCCAACUGCACGCAUUCUGACCUUUGGGUACGAUGCGGAUAUCAUCCAUGCACUUCGGGUAGCCGGAUCGAAUACCCUACGAGAUCAUGGCAAAGGUCUUGCGCAUGACCUCGCGUUGUGGCGCAUGAGGUCGAGAACGAACCGACGCCCUCUUAUCUUCGUCGCGCACAGCUUAGGAGGCCUCGUUACCGAGCAAGCCCUUCUCAUAUCCCGAAAUGCAGCGCAACAACACCUGAAAGACUUGUUCGAAUGUACCGCUGGAAUAGUCUUCAUGGGAACUCCACACCUGGGAUCAAACAAGGCUUCAUGGGCGGCACCGCUAACAAAACUGGGCAAUGUCCUUCGCAAAACAAACAGGGAGAUUGUACAGGUGCUCGAGCCUGGAUCGGAGAUGCUUGCGAAUCUCCAGCAAGAGUUCCAUACGAUGCUUGAAGAUUCUCGCCGGAAUAACCAGAAGAUUGUAGAGAUAUUUUGCUUCUAUGAAGAAUUAGAUGUCGGUGGGAUUGGAAAGAUUGUGUCUGAUCAAUCCGCUACACUCCCCGGCUAUCAAAGCCGCUCUAUUCAUGGUAAUCAUAUGGAGAUGACUCGAUUCAGUGGUCCUAAAGACCCUGGAUAUGUUGCAGUGAGCGGGCAAUUAUGGCUAUGGGUAUAUGAACUGGAGAACCAGUUUCCUCCAGCACCAGUGGCUACACAUCACAACAGACCGCAGUACCUGAUAGACUCGGGUGGGGGCGCUGUAUUUCAAGGAACCCAGCGAGCUGGUCGGGAUAUCAACACAAAUAAUGUGAACUUCACUCGAAAGUUUUGA